AUGCCCAUGUGUAUUACAGGAAUGUGGAAUAUGAAUAUUCCCUCAGUUCUCCUGCUAGAUAUACUGUCCCGCCUCAGUUUAAAAGUCAACAUACAAGCUUCCGCUGUCUGCAAGACAUGGUGUGGAGCAGCUGUUUCUGUCAGGAAGUUACAGCCUCCUCACCCUUGGGUUUUUUAUCCACUAAGAGCAGCAGAAGAGGGAAACUACCUUCUUUUUGAUCCAUCACGGUCUCAAACAUAUAAGCUAAACUUCCCAGAGUUAAAGAACUAUGGAUUUUCUUAUUCUAGGGAUGGUUGGUUACUUGUGGUAACAAAGGCCCCUUCGCGUUUGAUAUUCUUAUUUAACCCAUUUACCCGGGAUCACAUUUACUUACCCAAGUUGUUGUUACCUACUACAGCAGGAGACUGUUGCUCAGCCGCUCCUACAUCAUCAGCUAACUGUUUGGUAAUAUCGUUUAAUUACACUAUUAGCCCCCCAGAUAUUGUGAUCGAUACUUGGCGGCCUGGUGAAACCAUAUAUAUGGACCACACAUCGAUCAACAGCCAGUUACCUGGUCGACGUGCAUGGAACAACUGUGACUUCUCGAAUGGUAUGUUCUAUUGUUUCAGCACCUGCGGCUACCUCGGGGUUUUCGACCCGUCGCCGAACAGAGAAACCUGGAAAAUUCUACCGGUGAAACCAUGUCUCGCCUUUCGUCAGGUGGAUCUCACUAGGAGAAUGAUGAUUACGGAGCAUGAAGGAGACAUCUUUGUCGUGUGUAAUAGUCUAUAAGCCUAUAAGAAGUCGUCGGUGUUUAAACUAAACCGUAAAGGCAAGGGGACGUGGGAAGAGAAGAGAGAGCUCGGUGGCUUGACGAUAUUCGCAAGUCGCCUUGCCUCUCUUACGAGAGCUAGUAGUCUCUCCUCCAAGGAGAGGAACAAACUAUACCAGUUGGAGGUGGGCGCAAGAAACGGGUAA